AUGAGUUGUCACAGACAAGGAAAAGGCUCGGGAAGAAUGCUGCUGUGGGAAGCAGUUAAGGAGUACUUGUCCACCUCGUCGAUUCACGGUCUGAGAUUCAUUGUGCAGUCGGGCCGUCAUUGGACAGAAAGGCUUUUUUGGCUUAUAUGCUGUGUGCUCUGUUGGUACGCAUCUGCAUUACUUAUAAAGUCAUCAUGGAAUGCCUUUCAAAACAAUGCUGUCAGCUUUGCUACGGAGACGCUAUAUUUGAAUUUCAGCACUGAUUUUCCAGCAGUUAUUGUCUGUGAGUGGAACAAUGAUGAUCGCAUAAAAACAGUGAUGAAUAGGAAUAUGGGUAUCCAUGAUUUUGACCUUGAUGAAAUAUAUGCAGAAAUAACAUUCUUUCAUGGUGAAGCCCAUUUUAUAAAGGAUGCCUGCUACAACACAAAAGUCAAGAGGCUAGUGGCUGAACAGUGUCCACAAGAAGGGCUGAAACAAAUUUCUCAAGAAGAAGGCCUGCCUCUUUCCCUCCAGCCCCUCCUUAUGCCCUUCCCUACGCACUUUCCACCUCCAUCAAUGCAGGGAACUGCUUUCAAUAAUCAGUUUCAUACACCAUGUAAUGGUCUCAUAUUUAAUUGUACAUGGAAUGGUAUCACUUUCCACUGCUGCGAACAGUUCUUACCUCUGGAUACAGAAAUUGGUCUUUGCUUUGCAAUUAACAGCUGGCAAACAAACCGUCUAAGAUACAAUGCAUCUCCUCUUAAUAUGAUAUCGGAUGCUAACACAGGGCCAGGAAGAUUGUAUUUCGAAAUUGGAGCACCAGUCAUGGUAUAUGUUUUAGCAACUCAAGAAGUACCUACAAUAAAUACACCUGAAUAUCGGUACUUUUUUAUGAAACCAGGCAGGCAGGUGCAGCACAGAUACUCUGUAAAGGAAGUGGAAAAUGAUCGAGCUGUACAUGAACUAACAAUAAAACAGAGACACUGUCGCUUUCAUUAUGAAAAUUAUGACAAUGGCCUUUAUCCUUAUUAUGCUUACUCUGUGUGUAUAACCGAAUGCCGUAAAAAAGCACAGCUUCACCUCUGUAACUGUGCAAGUCAUCAGUUACCAAACAAUAAAAGAGUCUGUAACCUAUCAGGGAUUGUCUGCAUAAAUGAUCAUCAUGCAUAUUUAUCUAUACUCCGAAACAAGGAAAGUUCUAAAAAUGCACUUCUGUGUACUUGUGAGCAAAGUUGUGAAGAUCAGUUAAUUACUCACACAUAUGGUACAAUAAGAAUGUUAAAAAGUCAGCAUGGUGCAUUAGAAAUAAGUCUUCAAAGCCUGCCUUAUGAAAGACUCAAAAGAACUGUAGUGAGAAGCCAUUUGGAUAUGGUGGUGUAUACAGGAGCUGUUGCUGGUCUGCUGGUUGGAGCUAGCUUGCUCAGCUUCGUUGAAAUUCUGUAUCACAUCACAAUACGCAUUUACUGGACUGUUUACAAACGAGCACAGCAGAAAUAAGAAUAAAGAAACCAAAACUACAAAUAAUGUAGGAUGAAUAUCAACUAGCUUCAGUGCAUAGUGACAGUAAAACUCAGUAAACAAAUAUUAUUAUUCAAGGGAAAAAUUCUCUUUCAGUGUACUAAUUUAUUUUAAUAACUGGAAUGGCCUAUCACUUUUAAUUUGUCAGUUACAAUCUAAAACCACUUUAUGUAGCUUGCAUGCCUCUCUGAUGCAAA